GUAGUAGGUGCUAUACUACGCGAACUUAUCUAACAACACUACGAAGUCGUUCGGACCCUCGUUAGGUCGUUACGCAGCGUAGUAAGAAUCCAACACGUGGAUUUGUGGGUGUGAAAUGUGUAAAAAGAAUUUUGACCGCACACUCCCGCAAAGCCAUUGAGCCAUGCCGCUUGUGUGACCGUUUUUUCCUCGCGAAAGUGUGUGACAGUUUUCGUUUUUUUGCGUUUUCCCUUUGCAUCGGUCGUUUUUGCAUCGUCUGUUUGUUGUUUGUCGUUCUUUUUCUGAUGUUUAUGUGUUUUCGUUUCGUGAGUUUAUCUUUUGCUUUUAAUCACAUCGCCGGGGGGAGACUCCUCAUACGGGACAAGAACUGUGUUCCUGGCCUUCCGAGAUGCCCGGUCUGCUUUCGUGCGGCAUGGAGGGAGUGGCUCCGAAUGAGUAUGCGGGCGCCAAGGGUGCCAGUGCACAGUACAUGGGCAUGGGCGUGCGGGCGGACGGGCGUUUGUCCAAGGGGGCGUGUAAGGAGGACCUACACGUAUUAGCUCCUUCCGAUGACGAGGACAUUAGCCUCAAGAGCCUGGCAUCACUCCUGAAGGAUUACCGACCUGAGGAUCACGACGUGGAAGACUGCGGCGCGGGCGUGAUGUGGACGGACCUGAUGGAGCCUGACGCCGGGGGCCGCUGCGGAAGCGGGGCGGAAGGAGCGGGCGCCGCAGGGGCCCUGGCCGUCCGCUUCGCCGAGGACGACGUCGGCCGCGAUAAAG